AAACGAUCCAACCUCAACCACAACUCACAUUCAGUAUUUCACGCCUGCGAUACUGAAUUUAGUAUCUUUUUGAAGACAUCAAAAUGGAGGAUCAUACACACGAAGAAGUUUCUGCUCGCUUCGAAGAGCUUGCGGCUCUUGAGCACGAGUUUGAGGAUGCUGAAGAAGAAAUCAUCCGUAAAGCUGAGGCAAUCCAGACCCCGCUGUUCAAGAAGCGCGCCGAACUUGUUGAGAAGAUUCCUCACUUCUGGGCCCUAGUCUUCGAGCAAGCGCCUCCCGAGAUUGACAACUUCAUCCAACCCACCGAUUCGAAGCUCAUCGCAGAAUGCCUGUCUACUGUUGAAGUUUCGCGCUUCGAGCUGGAUGACCCCAAUGGCUCACCGCGCAGCUUCUUGCUUAGGCUUGGCUUCACGGAAAACGAAUACUUCGAGGACAAGGUUCUGGAGAAGAAGUUUUGGUUCCGCAAGACCAGGGAUUGGCAGGGUCUGGUGUCUGAGCCCGUCAAGAUCAACUGGAAGAAGGGCAAGGACCUUACCGACGGUCUUACUGAUGCUGCAUACAAGCUAGGCCAGCUGAGGGCUAAGUUGGCAGCUGAUACCACCAACGGAGCAGCAAGGAAUGAGGAGGUAAAGUCGGCCGAGUACAAGAAGCUUGCUCAGAUGAUCGAGACCGCAACAGAUGCUUCAAUCAGCUUCUUCGGUCUCUUCUCCUUCGUUUCCGGCUACCGAUGGGUUAGCGCGCAAGAGUCAGCACAAGCUGUAAAGGAAGAGAGGGAGAGGUUUGAGAAGGUCAGGCGAGGAGAGAAGAUCGAUGACGACGAGGAUGAAGAGGAUGAAGACCCAUUCGACUAUCAAGAGAUUGAGGUUUUCCCCGGUGGUGACGAGGUUGCUACUAUCAUUGCUGAAGAUAUCUGGCCCAAUGCCAUCAGAUACUACAAGGCCACUUUUGAGGAAGAAGAGGACGAUGAGGAGCUAUCCGACCUCGAUGUCAUGGACGACAGCGACGAUGAUGACGAUGACGACGAUGAUGACGACAACGACGAGCCCGUUGACAUUCGUGCCCUCGUAGGAAAGGGACGGAAAUCCGCCCAAGAACCACCUGCGAAGAAGCAGCGCAAGGCCUAAGGUCUUUCUCUUAACGACUACUCUAAUGACUGCCUGUUACCGAGAUGCUAGACAUAUACCCAACGAGUCUUGCGGCAUCUUAAUGGCAUUUUAUGGCCAUAUCGAGCCAUCGACCAGAUGCGCCCAAAUUGGAUUCAAAAUUUAGAAAUCGGACUUAGUUACUCGAAUAGAAUAUCCAGUGUUACUGCAAGUUGCGUAAAACCAGAC